AUUUCCCUCCCCCGGCAUUAAACGCGGCCUUGGAUUUGGCUUUCCGCGUUCUCUCCCUGUGUCUCACUAUUUACUUUUCUUCGAAUAAAAUAAUAGAAAAGAAUAAUCAUAUUGUUGUUUUUCUUGGUUUCUGGCGGAAACAUAAGAGUGUGAUCUCUAAAGUCUAAACCCCUGACUCCACAGAAAAUCCAACUCGUGACUUCUCAAAAAGUGUUUGGACGGAGUCAUCGAAUAGAAUUUAGAUCUUACUAUUUGCUGAUUGGAUUGAUGGAAAAGGUGAGAAAGUGUGGGAAAGUGAGGGAAAGUAUUUAUUACAGUGAGAGGAAAUGAAGUUUUACAUAUCGACGACGGGGAUAAAUAGAGUGACGAUAUCGAACUCCAGCAAGGGAUCGUUGGCGGCGCCGGCUCUGACUCUGGCUAGCCGGAGAAUUUCUACUUCCCGGGCUUUGUUGCCGGUGGUGCUGGUGCUUGGAAUCGUUUUGCCACUUUGCUUUGUUAGAGUUGCGUUUUUGGUGCUGGAAUCUACCUCUAUUUGCUCUUCUUCGCUUGAUUGUAUAGGACGAAGACUUUUCAGCGGGAGCGACACAUCACUGGGACUCAGAGAAGAACUGACGAGGGCGCUACUAGAAGCAAACGAUGGUACCAGUAACGACGGAGUACAUGUUCCGUUAGAAUCAUUCAACGAGCUUGUGAAGGAGAUGACGUCCAAACAACAGGACAUCAAGGCUUUUGCUUCCAAGACUAAGGCUAUGCUUUUGGGGAUGGAGCGCAAGGUCCAAUCAGCUAGACAACGUGAGUCAAUAUACUGGCAUUUAGCUUCACAUGGUAUCCCUAAGAGCACACAUUGCCUUUGCCUCAAAUUGGCAGAAGAGUAUGCAGUAAAUGCAGUAGCCAGAUCUCGUUUACCUUCACCCGAAUACGUUUCCCAUCUCACCGACCCAUCUUUUAGGCAUGUUGUUCUCCUAACUGACAAUGUCCUUGCUGCCUCUGUUGUUGUUUCAUCUACUGUUCAAAACUUUGCCAGACCUGAAGAAUUGGUGUUUCAUAUAGUCACUGACAGGAAAACUUUCACUCCAAUGCAUGCAUGGUUUGCAAUCAAUUCUGUUAAAUCAGCUGUCGUGGAAGUUAAAGGAUUGCACCAAUAUGAUUGGUCUCAGGAAGUGAAUGUUGGGGUUAAAGAGAUGUUAGAAAUCAAUCGUUUAGUUUGGAGUCAUUUCUACAACAAUUUAAAGCAAGAAGAUUUUGAAUAUAGGGAAGAGCAUAGAAGAUAUUUGGAGGUCUUAAGCCCUAGCUGCUUGUCUCUCAUGAAUCAUCUCAGAAUUUAUAUUCAUGAGCUGUUUCCAGAUCUCAACAAGGUAGUGUUACUGGAGGAUGAUAUAGUAGUACAACAUGACAUAUCAUCUUUGUGGGAAUUAGAUCUGGAAGGGAAAGCUGUUGGUGCAGUUUUUGGCUCAUCAUGUGGAGACAACUGUUGUGUAGGAAGAAGAUUCGGGGACUACCUGAAUUUUUCUAACCCAGUAAUAUCAUCCAAUUUUGACCCUAACCGCUCUGCUUGGCUUUUUGGAAUGAAUGUCCUUGAUCUUGAAGCUUGGAGGAAAUCUGAUGUGACAGCAACUUAUCAUAAAUGGUUGAAACUGAACCUCAAUUCUGGAUUGACAUUAUGGAAGCCAGGAGUGCUACCACCGGCCUUACUCACUUUGGAAGGUAAUGUGCACCCUAUUGAUCCGUCAUGGCAUGUGGCCGGGCUGGGACAUCGAUCCCCUGAAGCUUGCAGAGAGAUGUUGAACUCCGCAGCUGUCUUACAUUUUAGUGGCCCUGCAAAGCCAUGGCUUGAGAUUGGGUUCCCAGAGGUACGAAGCUUAUGGUAUAGACAUGUAAAUUUCUCAAACAGGUUUAUUAGGAAAUGUAGAAUCAUGGGGUGAAGAGGACAAAGUUCUCUCACUUCCUCAUUCAUUUUGGACCAGAUAAAUAGUUGCAGUAUGACACCAGAGAGAAGAAGGUUUGGCUUCAGUCUCUGCUCAUGCGUUGCACAGUUUGAUAUUAGUUAAAUCCUGUCCAUAAUAGAAAAUAUGUGAUCGGCAUCAUGAAUUCAGAAAUAUUGUAUAUUUUAGUCAGAAAUUACUAUCUAAACGCUGAAACUGGUUCAUGAUGUUCUAUGUUUGGCUGUGUACACAAUUCCCCAUAUUGCAUCUAUUUUUGUUGUUGUAUAA